GACGCAUUGUGACUCGCAGGUUGCGGAAAUGAGAUGACAAGCUCAACGUUACACAAUUCCCAGCGAUCAGGUGAGAGGAAGAAGAAGUCGGUGCACAGGUUGCUGUUCCGAUGAGGAGGACUUGCCCGGUCAACCGUGUGUGUCACCCCCCGUUGCUAUGGCAACGUCCUAUUUUCCCAAAUUCCUACUCCUCCUUUUGCUGUGCACCUUCACCCUCGUGCUGGUGACCCUCUUGCCCUCUGCUGCUCCAUCGAUUCCCUUUCGUCCGUCUUCUUCUUCACCUUUGCCGCAGCACUCAUGUGAUUCAGGUCAGUCCUGGGCUGUCCAGCUCCAUGCUGGCCAACACCAUGAGGAAGAGGAUGGCGAACAAGGCUUGGAGCCAUUGGAUGUAAUAGCUGACAGGGUAGCAGAGCAGACUGGGCUGCAGAACCAUGGUCAGAUCGGACAGCUGCAAGGCCACUACCUGCUGUGUUCCGUAAAGCCCAGUGCUGGAUCUGGGGGGGGUAUUUGGAGGAAAAGUCUCCAGCCCGGGGCCAUUCUAGCAGCCCACCCUCACGUCCUGUGGUACUCCAAAGACAGACUGCUCAGCCGCUCGAAGAGAUCAAUGGCCUUCAAUGAUCCCCAAUAUCCUAAGCAGUGGCAUUUGCACAAUUACAUCAAUAAAGGAAUGGAUAUCAACUUAACAGGGGUGUGGGAGCGCAACAUUACUGGCCAAGGAGUCACAGUGGUUGUGGUAGAUGACGGAGUGGAGCACACACACCAGGACAUUCAGGCCAACUAUAGCCCUGAAGGCAGUUAUGACCUGAACUCUAACGACCCAGACCCCAUGCCCCACCCUGACAUCCACAGCGACAACCACCAUGGGACUCGGUGUGCUGGAGAGAUUGCAGCCGUUCCCAACAACAGCUACUGUGCCGUGGGGGUGGCCUACGGCAGCAAAGUGGCAGGUAUCAGAGUCCUGGAUGGCCCUCUGACAGAUAGCCUGGAGGCCAUAGCCUUCAACAAGCACUACCAGGUCAAUGACAUCUACAGCUGCAGUUGGGGUCCAGAUGAUGACGGGCACACUGUGGACGGACCGCAUCCCCUGGGCAAGGCGGCGCUGCAGCACGGGGUGAUCGCAGGUAGACGAGGAUUCGGCAGCAUCUUUGUGGUUGCCAGUGGCAACGGAGGUCAAUAUAACGACAACUGCAAUUAUGAUGGCUAUGCCAACUCCAUAUACACCAUCACAGUUGGAGCAGUUGAUGAGAAUGGCAGGAUGCCUUUCUAUGCUGAGGAGUGUGCAGCAAUGCUGGCCGUUACUUUCAGCAGUGGGGCCAGCAAGCUGAGGAGCAUUGUGACGUCAGACUGGUCCCUGCAGAAGGGGACAGGCUGCACGGAAGGCCACACCGGCACAUCUGCUGCUGCCCCACUGGCGGCUGGAAUGGUGGCCCUCAUGCUGCAGGUCCGUCCCUGCCUCAGUUGGAGGGACAUCCAGCACAUUAUCACCUUCACUGCCACCAAGUGUGACAACAGUGCAGACUGGAGGGUGAACGGAGCAGGUUUCCAUCACAGCCACCAGCACGGCUUCGGUCUGCUCAACGCAUGGAGACUAGUCAAUGCUGCAAAUGUGUGGGAGUCCGUGCCGUUCCUUGUAUCCUAUCAGAGCUCAGCCAGUGGAGAGGAGGCGUCCAUCCCGAACUAUCCAGAUGAGCUGAUUCGAACCUGGAAAGUCUCUGCUGCUGACCUGAGACAGUCCGGAAUGGAGACACUCGAGCAUGUGGCUGUUACCAUGACAAUAACCCACCCUUGUCGUGGCAACUUGGAGAUUUUGUUGGUCUGUCCAAGCGGUAUGAUCUCAGUCAUCGGGGCACGCCGUGCCAUUGAUAGAGACCCUGCAGGUUACGAGGACUGGACUUUCUCCACUGUGCGCUGCUGGGGAGAGAGAGCCGAAGGCCUGUACACACUAAAGAUAUCUGACCACAAAGAGCUGUCGUCUAAGCAGUAUGCAGCUCUUGGAGUGUUGAAGCAGUGGAAGCUGACGCUGUACGGUUCCUCUAUGACCUUCAGUGAGGUCAAGGACAGACAGAAGCUUGUGGAUGAGGCUAUGAGUGGCGAACUUCUGAACAGCAGCUCCUCUCUGCCCUGCCCUCCAGGCCUCGACAUUCCUCAAGAGAUCGUCAGCCCCUUCACCACCAACAACCUCAAGUUUCUGUUGUUGCUGGGAUGCUUUGCUCUCUUUUGGUCUAUCUACUACACACUUGAGGUCACACUGUCCCACCUGGACCUCAAGGGCCUUCUUUGCCUGCGCAAGAGGCGCGGAGGUCACCGUGCCAGGAGGGUGCGCCUAGGAAGAGGAGUGGAGGAAGCGAUGGAAGAGGACAGGGAGGACGAGGAAGUGGACUCAGGGGUGGAGUUGCACGCUGUACUGGACCCAGUGGCCAAAGCACAGUUGUUCAGUGGAGAGCGGCUGUUAACGUAGCACUGAGCCAAACGAUGUGUCUCUCACUGUCUGUGCUCAUAGGACGUCUCAGGCUUCUUUCCCUUCUCCCCACCCACCCAGCCUCCUGUACGGUUCUGUCACCGGUCAGUAAUAACUGUGGUGAUGUCUCGGAGUGGAAUGCUGAUAAACUUGACUCAACAGUGGAAUCUGUCUUUCUCUGCAUUCACCAAACAUGUGGCCUUGUAUGAAAAUAUAUGUUGGAACUGUGACUGUGUGUGUGGGUGUGUGUAUGUUUAGCACAUUUGUCCAUCUAACAAAUGUCCUAAGAUAAAAUAUUUUGAGGUAAAAACAUCCCCUCAGAGAUUGGUUGAAUUAGAGUAAAAGCAGACAUGACCUGGAGAUGGACCUAAUACUACAUAAUAGAACUAGUGUAUUUGCACGUGGGGAAAUGUGUAUACAGGGUUGUCCGUAGUUAACAGUGCACCAAUCAUAAGAAAUAUAAAUGCAUCAUUUGCACUACAAAAUAGUACGAAUCUGCUAUGCGUGCAUGAGUGUGUGUGUGUGUGAGAAACUGUUUGAGUUUGCCUUGUGUGUGUGUGCUUCUUAGUCUUCCAUCAUAAAGUUUCCUCAAAUGUGAGGUUUAUAGAGAGUACUGUAUUUUAAGAUCAAGAUUUUGUAUCUUCUGAGGUGUCUUUGAUUUUUAAGACUGGGGUUAUUAUCUGAGGGCUAUUGACCCAACUACUGAAACUUGAAGUUGUAUUCUUAAGUGUGGGAUUUGCAUAUGUAUUUUUUCUACAAAUUGUAAUAUAUACACAAUGUGUGUCUGCUGUACGGAUGUAUACCGACUAUAAGGAUUUGUACAUUGUGUUUUUUCAAGAAUGUAUUAAAAGAGUUUAAUUUUUUUAUGUAAGGAAGUGAGUUGGAAACUGUGUUUUGCUGUGCAAGUCACAGAUGACGUGAAUGACAUUAAAAGACUUAAAGGGA